CAAACGAGAGGCUGUACCAUGUAUCGGAGGUACCUCGACCAGCUAAACACACAAACUGCUCAGCUCAUCUCGGAACAGCAGCAAAUCACACAAAAAACGAAAAUGGCAGAGGUAGAAUUCAAGAAAGUUCCCGUCGCUGACUUAUGGGAAAAACUGUCCAAAGCUGAAGGUUGUAAAUCUUUAUUGAAAAAGCAUCUAACUAAGGAGAGGUAUGAUGCUCUGAAGGAUUUAAAAACGAGCAUCGGCGGUGACCUUGGGGAUUGUAUCCAGUCAGGAUGCAACAACUUGGACAGUGGCGUCGGUAUCUAUGCUUGCGACCCCGAGGGUUACGAUACUUUUGCCCCAGUCCUCGAUGCAGUCAUUAUGGAUUACCAUAAAGUUGCUAAAGUGGAGCACCCUGAACCAUUUUUUGGAGAUAUGUCUAAACUUGACUUGGGAAAUCUUGAUCCUGAGGGUAAUAUGAUCGUCAGUACCCGUGUACGUGUGGGUAGGAGUCAUGCAGGGUUUCCAUUUCCUCCAUCUGCCACAAAGCAACAAAGGGUGGAUAUGGAAAAGAAGACCGUUGCCGCUCUCGCAACUUUGGAAGGUGAUCUGAAAGGCAAAUAUUUCUCCCUGGAAACCAUGUCCAAGGAGGAAGAGGACCAACUCAUUGCUGACCACUUCCUCUUCAAGAAUGAUGAUAGGUUUUUGAGGGACGCCGGAGGUUACAACCAUUGGCCUGUUGGUCGUGGUAUCUACUUCAGUAACGACAAGAAGUUCCUCACCUGGAUUAACGAGGAGGACCAUCUCCGCUUCAUCUCCAUGCAGAUGGGUGGUGAUCUUGGUGCUGUAUACAAGAGACUUGUUUCAGCCUUGGAGACACUUAGUAAGAAACUUGAUUUUGCUCACAACAAGAAAUGUGGCUUCGUUACCUUCUGUCCUACCAACCUUGGUACCACCUGCAGGGCUAGCGUCCACAUUAAGGUCCCCAAGCUGGCUGCUGCUAAAUCCACUAAAGGAAACAAAUGCCUUCUGGAUGACAUCUGUGCUGAAAACAACUUGCAGCCCAGAGGUAUCCACGGUGAGCACACAGAGAGUGUAGGAGGUGUUUACGACAUCUCCAACAAGAGGAGACUGGGUCUUUCCGAGUACGAUGCCAUCAUGGAAAUGAAGAAUGGAAUUUUGAAAAUAAUGGCAGCUGAGAAAGCUUUAUAGAUUGAACUUUAAUUUUGAAGAAAGAAAAAAAAAGGACCCAAUAUGAUUAUGUUAAAAUGUUACGUGUGAUCAAACCUCCCAGAAAAUGGUUGAAUUUUGAAAAUGCCCUUGUCUAGAUUGUUAUGCCAGGAAUGUGAUGCUGCUGUUAUAAUAUGACAAAAAGACAACAACGAUUAUACAUAGAAACCGAAGAUUUACCUCCGAUGCCAAUUUUUUGUAUUAGCAAGCUAGAUCUAUAAGCUGAGUGGGUACAGCUGGUUCAGUAGACCAUUUGUGGAGAGACCAGGGUGUAUGACGGUCUAGACAAGGGAGAAAGGAUUCAAUGUUGAUACCAUUUUCCUAUUCCUUUGUAUAUAUAUUUAUAAACUGUUAUCCUCUAGUGUGAAAUCCUAACAUGGGGUCAACUAGAUCACUUUCUGGAGAUCCAAUUGGCAGGCUUCGGAUGUACUCAUCCAUCCAUAGGAUCGGUGGACAGCCAAUCAGAUGUAACCUUCUUUGAUUGUCAUCAGACGCGCACAUCUGAUUGGUUGAUGGCCAUCCAAUUCAAUACAUCUGAUUGGUUGUAGCCAUUGGAUGCAGUUAUCUGAUUGGCUGAUUGCCAGCGGAUGCACCUUGUUGUUUAAUGUAUCUGAAGAGUAACUAAAGAGCUGUGUGCCAAAACGUGCUGUGAAUAAUGAAUACAAAACGCCCGUAGUCAUUUCUUGAAUCGGACGUUCUUGAAGUCCAGACAUAUUCUACAGCUUCAUUAUCACGUAAACUUUCGAUGUCUGGUCUCUAUUAUUGGAGUUAUUUCCCUUGCCACAUUGGUUAAUGUACAGCAGUGGCUAGGUGGUAAAAUAUACAGGGAUUGCCCUAAGUUGUUGAUUGUUUUAGUUUUACAUUAGAAAGUGUUCAUCUGAUUAGGGGUGUGACUGUGAUACUGGUGUACACUGCCAGGACGUCUUAUCUCACUUGUGAGGAGAGAUUAUCUUCAUGGCUAGUCUUUAACUACUUUAUGAGGUUCUGUAUCAUUAAACAUGAUUGUGAUAA